CAUUUAUAAUAUUUUUCGUUCCAGGUUCGUUGCUCCAGGUUCCUCUACACUCUAAAGAUCACAGACAAGGAGAAAGCUGAGAAGCUAAAGCAAUCUCUACCUCCAGGCCUCCAGGUCAAGGACAUCAAGUAGAUGAUCGUCCUAACUGAAAGCAUCCAUGAGUCAUUUAUCCUGGAUAUAUCCUGGCAGUUCUGAACCCUGCAAUCUAAUUUAAAUAACAAAUUUUAGAAAGAUUGUUUUUUUUUCAGAUGAACAAACUAUGGCAGCUUGCGAUACGGCCGAUGGUCAGACAAACUUGGCAAAAUGGCCAUAUUCGGGAACUGAGUUCAGGAUUUGAUUCAGUCGGAAGUUUUGGUUUCAGAGGUUUUGCCACAAGUUCGUCGUUUAAGACUGAAGAUGAGCGGAGUGAAAUUGAGCAGUACAUGCGAGAACACAGUAUAAGGGUAGAGGGAAAUGAUGCACCCGAUCCUAUUCUCAGCUUUGAUGGGACCUCAAUACCAAAGAAUAUUCUAAAUCAUGUUAUGAAGCAGUUUGAUAAACCAACUCCAAUUCAAUCACAGGCUUUACCGAUUGCAUUGGAGGGACGAAAUAUGGUUGGUAUUGGACAAACAGGUUCGGGGAAAACACUUGCAUUUCUCCUUCCUGCUCUAGCACAUAUUCACAAGGCUCGAGAGACAAGACACAGUUCAGAUUACAGAGGUCCUGUAGCUCUAAUCCUUACACCAACCAGAGAACUCGCUCAACAGAUACAGGAGGUGUCAGAGCUAUACAGGAGAUCUUCAAAUGUCAUGAACGUAUGCUGUAUAGGUGGAGACUCAAGGUAUCGACAGCUAGAGAGAUAUGAUCGAGGUCCUGAGCUGAUGAUAGCAACACCUGGACGAUUAAAUGAUUUUAUACAAUCCGGCGACAUGAAUAUCAGUGGUGUUGAGUAUGUGGUACUAGACGAGGCUGACCGGAUGCUGGAUAUGGGAUUUGAACCUCAGAUUAGAAAUGUUCUUAAAGCCAUUCAAGGAGAUAAACAAGUCUUAAUGUUCAGUGCUACAUGGCCUACAGAUGUCAAGGAGUUGGCCGAAGAUUUUCUUGGAACUUACGUGUUCAUGAAUAUCGGGUCUACAGAGCUGAGUGCAAACAAGAAUAUAACCCAAAAGGUGGUUGUGUGUGACAAGAGCAGUAAACAUGGUAUAUUUCUCGACACACUGCAAGAGAUUAAAGAUCAGAAAACUUUAAUAUUUGCCGAGACGAAAGCUACUGUCGACAGAUUAGAACAUAUAAUACGGAAAAGUGGUAUCCGUGCAAUGGGAAUACAUGGAGACAAAAGCCAGUCUGCACGUUCAAAUGUGAUAAAAAGGUUCAAGAGCGGUGAUUGUAAAAUAAUGAUUGCAACUGAUGUUGCUGCUCGAGGACUAGAUAUCUCAAAUGUUGAAUAUGUCAUAAAUUAUGAUUUUCCGAACGAUAUUGAAAAUUAUGUUCACAGAAUCGGCCGAACAGGACGAUCGGAUAAAAAGGGAACUUCCAUAACAUUUAUGGGUGAUGAUGAUGCUAAUCAGGCGAAGAAACUAGUCAAUAUUCUGAAAGAAGCAAACCAAAUAGUUCCUGAGGAACUAGAGGAGCUAGUCCACCAGGCUAGAGGGAAUAAGAUACAGAAACGUAGAUACGGAGCUCCUGGAGGAGGAUUUCAAGGAUAUAAAUCUUACAAGAAUAGAGAUGAUUCUUACAGACGGAAACCUCAGUAUAAUAACAGGAGAGAUGACUGGAAUGAUGAUUCAACACAGUACAGGUCAUCAAGAAAUCGACGCGACGACUCCGAUCCUUUCUAUUAAAAAAAUAAAUUUGCUAUUAAAAGUU